GUGGUAUGGAUGAAUGAGAACAUACACAAACCCCAAGUGUUUUAUUUAUGCCAUAUUUGAGUGUCUUCAGUUUGAUAAUGUCUGUCUUUAUUUUAGUGCUCUGCAUGCUUCUCUGCACUGGGCAAGCUCAAGAUGCUGUGCUAACUAUUGAACCCAACUCAUUCAGUUUUUUCAUUGGAGAGUCCGUUACUUUCAUAUGUGACAUGAAUGAAGGAGAAGAUACUGACUGGUAUUACAAAAUCACCAAGGAUGGUCAAAAAUUUACCCCCUACAGCACACACAAAGACUCCACAUUACAAAUGACAUAUACAGGUGACGGUGGUGAAUAUCAGUGCUCUGGCAGCUGGAAGCGCGCAUAUUAUACAAAGAACAGUAAUACUGUCUCUAUAACUGUAUUAGCAGAUCAACCAAAGGCUCAAAUAACGUCUGAUAUGAGAGACAUUCCAGUAGGGGGCAGUGUGACCCUGACCUGCUCUGUGAACCCAUCAUCAUGGAUGUUGUCUCCCCGUCAAAUGGCCGAAUCAGUGUCUCACAGGAAGGACUCUACAGGUGCAGAGGAGGAAGAGGAAACCCAGGUUACUACACAGAGGACAGGCAACAAGUUCACGUUAACACAACUGUUCAAAGGUCCUGCUAACGACCAGACGCUCAAUCAGGAUGAAGAUCAGCAGCAAGUGUACUCCUCUCUUCUUCAUGGUGAUCGUUGUGUCUAUGAGACAGUCAGAAGAUGUGAAAACACUGAAAAUGGUCCAGCAGAAGGUGAUUACACCAAUGUCACAUCUGUGAUUCAGCUCAAAGUCAUUAACAAGACAAGUGAGUGCACAAAAUGGCAACGUGGUGACCCAGAGGAGAGCUCUGACUACAAUAAUGUCAAUCCAAAUUCAGCCACAGCUCUAAAAUCUUGACAGCAGCUCUUCAGCUGUUUUACAAUUGUCGAUUGAGCCAGCACCGCAAAUUUAUUUAAUGGAAAAGAAAGAAGACUCCACAAGAACCACCUGCAGACCACCCUGUGUGAUGCUGCACUUGCCAAAAGACAAACUCUUGCAGCACUCCAUCCAUGUCAGAUAAAGUGACACUGCCAGAGACUUCCCAUUCAGGCAAACACCAGAGCUCUUAUAUCCAUCAAAUAACUUGAA